UGUUUAACUUCUACUUAACUAUCACUAUGUCUUGUUUUGUUCUGUUAGGAAACGGUGCUCAUCUUGUGGUUUUGGUUUACACAGUGCUUGUGGUUUUCCUCUGGAAUGUGCAUCUGCUUUUUGGCUUUUCAUUUUUCUUCUCUCAUUCAUCCAUACAUCCAUCCAUAUAAACCAGCCUCUGGUGUGCAUGUAUUUUUCAUAAACAUCCUGCACAGUCUGUGUUUUUCAGGCCUAGAGUUUGAUUCAGCUCAGCAACGUGAACCGAACACGCAUUCGGAACACAAACCUCUUCGAUAAUAUUAACACACACUCAAAGCAAAAUAUUUUGCAGGAAAAUCUAAGAUUUUAUGGAGAAACGCCCAGCUUCUGUGUCUUCAGUGUGGCUGCACUGCAGCACACACAUUAUGCAGGGUGACCGGAACCGGCUGAAACCGGUUUGAGGCAGACGAGGAGGCUCGGAAGCAAUACAGUCACUGUGCUGCAAGCAGAUAGCCGACUGCUUCAUGGCAGCCAAAAUGGCAAAGGGGUCUUCAGUAGUGAUGCAGCUCACAGCAGAGAUGUCGGAGAGACUGUCUUUGUGCACCUCCAGAUGGUUAUGCACAUCAGGGCCGGGAGGCAGCCAUGAGAACUGAACAGAUAUGGUGACCGUGGGUCACUGUGUGUUGUUAUUCAUGGUGGUCAUCAUCCAGAAUGGUCUCUGGUGUGCCUUUCCUCCUGGUGGAUCAUUUCUUGAAGGGCCUUGCCUAGUGAAAAAAAUGGAUUUUUUUUCCUCUGCUGUCAGGGAGAAAGGAGGAGGAGGGUGGUGGUAGUGUUUUGUUGUGGAGGUGGUGAGAGGAAGGAAGGAAGGAAGAAGGGAAGCAAAGCAAGAUUGUUUGCUCUAGUUGUCGGAACACAGAGGGUGUUAAGCUCAUUCUUAUUAGACCAUGGGCGACAUGAAAACCCCAGACUUUGAUGAUCUGCUUGCGGCCUUUGACAUUCCUGAUAUGGUUGAUCCCAAGGCUGCAAUUGAGUCCGGCCAUGAUGAUCAUGAGGGACAACUCAAGCACGAUGCCCACAGUGAAGAGGACUCCCAUGUCUCCUCUGGUCCAGAUGUUGGAGUUAGUGUUAUUGUUAAGAAUGUCCGAAGUUUUGAUACCACUGAACAUCUUUCAGAGAAAGAUGUUCAUCCCACUGUGAGAAAUGGCCUGCACAAUGGUUUCUUGCCAGUGUCACCCAACAACAUAUACAGCAAAGAAAAUUACAAGCUUCAAAAAGGCGAAAUCCAUGGGAUGGCAGGAAAUAUCUCUACAUUUAACCAGUUCAGUCCCAUCUCUAGUGCUGAAGAAUUUGAUGAUGAUGACAAAAUUGAAGUAGAUGACCCUACUGACAAACAAGGUAAUUUACACUUAAAACCAAACCCUCUAACCGGUCUGAGUACAAAGACGGAAGAGCCACGUUCUAAGCACGUGAAACCAGAUGGUGCAACUAGGCCAAGAACAAAUGGCAAUUACAAUCAUUUGAAAGUUGAGAAUAGUAGCGUAAAUGGCACAGUGGGACAGUCAAACCUAUGUGACUCACAAAAACCAAGAAAAACUUUGGAACACUCCAAAGAAAGAUGCCAAGAAGCAAAAGAACUUGGUGAGCCAGUCGUUGAGUUGAAUGUGACUAACCUCUCCCAAGCCAAGUCCAAAUCAGCUGCAAAGCUCUCUUCCUGCAUUGCUGCAAUUGCAGCACUUAGUGCAAAGAAAGCUAGCACAGAAGCCAUGUCUCCAGAAUCCCUAGCCACACCUCGAGAUUCACCCAGAGAGGCUAAAGAGAUCCCAAAGACUGCGGAUAAAUCCCCAGAGCGAGAGUCAGCUCUGGAGCUUGGCAAAAAUAGAAUCUCAAAACAACCUGAGAGUCCUUGCAGUGUUACCAGUGAAAGCAGCAGCAAAGAGUCUCCUGCAUCUCCAGCAGGAUCUAUACCAGUCAUUCCAAAAGUCCGCAUCAAGACGAUCAAGACAUCUUCAGGGCAGAUCAAGAGGACAGUUACCAGAGUCCUGCCUGAGUUUGAUCCUGAAGUCUUGAAGAAAUGUAUCGAUUUAUCACCCAAUGUUGUCUCUUCUUUGCAGUCCUCUUCAACCUCACCUUCUGUUUUCUCAUCUCACACGAGAACUUUGCCGACCACAGUAGUAGCUACUUCUGGAGGCUCUACCAUUGAGGUAACUAAACAAAUGACCAUAAAGCCUGUGGCUACUGCCUUCUUACCUGUCUCAGCUGUUAAGACGGCAGGCUCCCAAGUGAUUAACCUGAAACUUGCCAACAAUACAACUGUAAAGGCCACUGUCAUACCAGCGGCAUCUGUUCAGAGUGCCAGCAGUGCCAUCCUUAAAGCUGCUAAUGCCAUUCAGCAACAAACAGUAAUGGUGCCUGCCUCCAGUCUAACAAAUACCAAACUUGUGCCAAAGACUGUCCACCUAUCCAACUUAAAUCUCUUGCCUCAGAAUGCAGCAGCGGCCGAGCUCCACCAGGUCCUGACCAAGCCCCAACAAUCCAUCAAGCAAGCUAUGUUCACCCAACAACAACAGAAGAAAGUGUCUCGGGUCCAGGUCCUAACCAACUCUCAGAGCACAGUGGUAGAAGCCUUCAAUAAAGUUUUGAGUAGCAUUAACCCUGUGCCAGUUUAUGUACCUAAUUUAAGCCCUCCAGUUUCGGCCUGUAUAUCUUUGCCAUCACGUGGGUACAAAUGCUUGGAAUGUGGUGAUUCCUUUGCCCUGGAAAAAAGCCUCACUCAUCAUUACGACCGUAGAAGUGUCCGCAUUGAGGUCACUUGCAAUCACUGUGCCAAAAACCUAGUCUUCUACAACAAGUGCAGCCUUCUAUCACAUGCUAGGGGCCACAAAGACAAAGGGGUUGUCAUGCAGUGUUCUCAUCUCAUCUUAAAGCCAAUUCCCGCUGACCAGAUGAUCCUUGUGCCGUCAGUAACCUCCAGCGCUCCCACCUCUUCAGCUAACAUUGGAUCCUCCGUAGUGGGGAAUCCAGGGAAAGGAAACCCAACCACAGUUAUCUCUGCACCCUCUUCGGCUCCUGUUGUGGCUGCCAUGCCUCUAGAUAAGGAUGUCUCCAAGGUCUGCAGAUCAAAUCUGAAGUGCUUGGAAUGUAAUGAGACAUUUCAUGAGGAGUCAUCUCUUGCAAUGCACUACCAGCAGGCUCCCGAAUCAGUAGGACAGAAAACCUGCACCAUUUGCCAAAUGCUACUGCCAAACCAGUGUAGCUUUGCUUCCCAUCAGCGGAUCCAUCAGCACAAGUCUCCAUAUAUCUGCCCUGAAUGUGGGGCUAUCUGUCGAUCUGUCCAUUUUCAGUCUCAUGUGACCAAGAAUUGCCUGCACUACACACGCCGAGUGGGCUACCGCUGUGUUCACUGUAAUGUCAUCUUCACGGAUGUUGCUGCUCUCAAGUCACACAUUCAGGGAUCCCACUGUGAAAUCUUCUACAAAUGCCCCAUCUGCCCCAUGGCUUUUAAAUCAGCCCCCAGUACACAUUCCCAUGCCUACACCCAGCAUCCAGGAGUUAAAAUUGGAGAGCCUAAGCUGAUCUACAAGUGUUCCAUGUGUGACACCGUUUUUACCCAGCAGACUUUGCUGUACACGCACUUUGACCAGCACAUAUCCAGUCAGAAAAUGUCUGUCUUCAAGUGUCCGGACUGUUCGAUGCACUACGCCCAAAAGCAGCUCAUGCUGGAUCAUAUUAAAUCCAUGCACGGCAUCUUAAAGAGCAUCGAGGGCCCUCCAAACCUGGGCAUCAAUCUCCCUCUCAGCUCCAAACCUACUAAUUCCAUCAGCCCGAAUAACAACAACAAAGAGGGCUUCUCUAUCAGCAGCCUCGAGAAAGGAGAGAGGAAUCCAACAUCCCCAACAAAAAAGAAUAGUAAUGGGACAGACCUUCCCAAAAAAGGCCCAUUGUCCAUCUCCUGCCCUGGCUGGACCUGCAGGGAAUGCGACCGCUUGUUUACACAGAGAGAAGUCUUCAUCGCUCACAUGAAAAGAGAGCAUGGGAAGCAACUGAAAAAGCAUCCAUGUCGACAGUGUGAAAAGUCCUUCAGUUCCUCUCACAGUUUAUGUAGACACAACCGAAUCAAACACAAGGGCCUACGGAAAGUCUACUCAUGUCCACACUGCCCAGAACCCAAUCGCACUUUCACCAAAAGACUGCUGCUAGAGAAACACAUUCAGUUGAUGCAUAGCAUCAAAGACACAGAAGCCAAGCUUCCGGCAGAUUCCAGCAGUGCAGAAGCCACCCCAGACAAAGAGCAGGCCCCCAGUCCUAAACGAAAGCUCUACUCUGAAGAUGAGGAUGCUGAGAAGGAAGAGGAAGUGGAGGAGGCCGGAGGAGAGGUGACUUCUACUCAGCGGUCCAAGAGCUCAUCCUCACAGCCUUUAAAAAAGCUAAAGAUCAACGUCUUCAAGACACAUAAAUGCGCAGUGUGUAGCUUCACCACCGAAGACAUCGUGCAUUUCCACGAGCACAUUCCCCAGCACAAGACCAACGUCUCGUCCUACCAGUGCCGUGAAUGCGGCCUGUGCUACACCUCGCACAACUCCCUCGCCCGACACCUGUUCAUCGUGCACAAGCUGAAGGAGCCCCAAGGGCUCGAGCGGCACAACGAGCAACAAGAAAACACGCCCAACCCAGACGCCAACGACGGUAUUCCAGAUACUCAAUGUAAAGUAUGUUCAAAAACAUUUGAAACGGAGGGAGCCUUAAACACACACAUGCGGACACACGGAAUGGCCUUCAUUAAGUCCAAACGGCUGAGUGCAGUUGAGAAGUAAGAGCGAUGUAGUGUCCCCUAGUGGAUGGAUGUUGGUUUGCAAGGAAUUAUUUGUUUGUCUUUUGUACGUAUAGAAGCGUUUGACGUUGUGCUUUUCUUUUUCCUUCACUCCGGCCUCUUUGUAUGCUCAUUUGUUGUGCAUACAUAUACAUAUAUAUAUAUACACACAAAAUGUAUAAAUCUAUACACAUAGAAUGUGUGUUUAAAGAUGUAUAAUAUAUUAAAAACUGAUUUAUGUGUAUUUAAUUAUCUAUGAGAACACAUUUUGUAUACUUUAUGAUAGAUGUUGGAUAGACCUUUUUUUAUAGAUUCUUUUUAUUUUCUAUUUUAGACAGUUCUCGUUGUUUUCUCGUGGGAGCAGAGGCUGUCCAAAUGGCUAAAAACGUGCACAGAAUGUCACCGUUACACUCCUCAGUGAGACAUUUUGCACUCUAAAAGGACAAUCGGUCCACAUCCUACAACACAAGCAAGAAUAGCGUCUCCUCAAGCAGCCGACAAUGGCGUCCGACUGAAGAUUUGGCUGUUGAGUUCAGCCUGAAAGCUUUUUAUGGUGCGUUUCUGUUUUGUGAAGUAUCCGUCCGUUUCAUACUACUAUAAUUUAGCACUACGGAAGAACAAGACAUGAAAGGGGGUCUUUAUGUAUCUCAGCCACUGCCAAGAGGUCGUGUUGAAUCAAUAUGUGCUUUUAAACCUAAAGAGUCGUAACAGCCGACAGGACGAAUCUCCUUCACUUCAUUUCUUCUCAGGCAGCUUGUUCCAAAUCAUAGCUUGUCUGUUUGAUCGCAUUUGUAUUUUGGAUUAUUACCACACUACAGUGUUUCAACUUUGGCCUGUUAUCAAGAACCACUUUUCGUAUUCAUGCACAUUUAAUUUUGAGGUACUUUUAUUUGUCAUUUGAAUCCAAAACCACUCUGCCCCACAGAUAUGUGAAAGUACAAAUGCAACCAAUCAGAUAUGUCAAUUUAGCCUGUUUUAUUUAAAGCCAAAGUUGUUUCCUCUCAUAUGAACUCCAAAGUAGGACGCUCCACUCACAGUCUCGUGUGUUUGAAUCAGUAAUGCAUAAGUGCUGGUAUACUAAAGUGUGGUCUAGUGCCUCCGGCGCUCGAAAGCCAAUCGCUGGUUUGUCAUCAACCCAAUGUGUAUGUUUUUUUUAGUUCGUUUAUUUAAAGCAGCAUGUUAUGGAAAAUCUCGAGAUUGGUGUUCCACGGACUCACAUGCUAAGUGUGAAAAAGAGGAAAAAAAGAGCUGCCUUCACUAUAUACUGUAUGAAUGUUUCGGUCAAAAUGUGAAACGAACUGUAAAACUUCUUUGCAUUUUCUCCCUCUCUAACCAAUUCAUUUCAACGUUUCACUUCAUGAGGAGUUUAGUUCUACAUCUCGAUUUUCAUUUUUCAUGGAAACUCAUAUUGAUCUUCCUUGUUUUUUUUUUUGGAUAAAUGAGUACUAUUGAGGAUGCAUACGUGCAUGAGAGAAGCCGUUCACGGUGAUUGAUCUGUUUUAUAGAAUGUCUUGAUGAUGUUCGGUAGACUUUGUUCUAUGUUUGUGCAAAAAACUUUAUCAUUAAUAAAUGAUACAUACACAAAUAUCUAA